ACCGCCACAUUAGCACUUCUGCCUUUGUGUGAAUUCUUAUAAGCCAGAUCAGCUCUGAGGGACAUUGUGAUUAAGUGGUUGAACUGAUCUCAUUGACAUUUUAGAUUAGCACUCUCUGCAGGGCUCCCCUGCCCCAUCUCCCUGCAAGCGUCUCUGUCACUGAUACAGGAUUAAAAAAGCUCUUUUAAAGUGAGUGAGGAUGAUGAUGGUGAGUGACGACUGUCUUGUGGAGUGUAAGAUCGAUGACGACAGCGAGGAAGAUGACGGAGGAGGAGAGCAGAUGACCACUCCUCCUCCUCCUCCAGAGUUUGCUUCCAAAGCCCCGACUCCAGCGCCCAAACCUCCGAGCCCUCCCACAGCGCCUGCUACACCCGCACCCACACCCACCCAUCCUGUCAACAGGGACCCUUACGGCAUCAACAAGCACCUACAGGUGGAGGUCAGUGACGUGCUGGCAGAACCUGCUACACCUCGGAGCAUAGACCAAGUGUGGAUUUACAGUGUCACUGGCUUUGAGAGUGCUCGCGUCUGGACGUACCGCUGCCUCACCCUGCUGUUCGCCGUGCCCUUCGCUCUCCUCUGUGGCAUCUUCCUGGCCGUUCUCGCUUGUCUACACGUCUGGUUUGUGGUGCCUUGCAUACAGCUGAGCAACACCUUCCUUCCAUGCCUGCGGUCCCUGUGUAUGUGUGCUCUGAACGUGGUUAUCUCUCCCUUUUGUAUGUCUGCCGCACUCUGCUGCAGCCAAAUCGCCCUUUCACUGUCUAACAAGGACUGGCAUCUAAUGAGGGACAAAGAGGCUGUAGGCGUGUGAGACACAGUGAUACUGAAUAAGUGAGUGACUGAGUGAUCGAGAGAGAGUGAGAGAAUUUAAUUAAAAUUUUUGUUUUUUUGUUAUUAAAUUGGCACAGUUCUGCAAGCUGGUAAUGUUACUGCUAUUUGAUAUGUUUUCUACAUGUAAAGCCAAUUCCUAAAAAAUAUCAUUAUUGCCUUUCAUUUUACACUGACCUCAGAGGUAAUUCUGUUUAAAAUUGUAUCAAUUGUAUCAAUAAAAUUAAUAUCAAACAAA